AUGGACUUCUCUAACAUCUUUCGGCUCGUCAACAUCGCGAUCGGUGUGAUUAUGGUGCUGGGCGGUAUCAGCCAGUUCUUCCCCGCCUCCAUGAGCUCCAUCAUCGUGGGCAUCUAUGUCAUUGCCUUUGGUCUUGUUGUCGCCGGUCUGGAGUUCUUGCCUAACGUCCCCGACUACGCCUACCGCUACGCCUCGUUCCUGUUCUCCUUCCUGGGCCGUGGUGUUUUCUAUAUCUUCGUUGGCUGCAUCAUCCUGCACGGCCACAUCCUGCGCGAGAUCGCUGCCUCCAUCGUCGGCAUCACUGGUAUCGGAUACCUCGUCCUUGAGUUCAUCCCCUCGAUUGAGCCUCCCUCGAACAUGCGCGAGUCCGACCAGGGCUGGGGUGCUGAGCAGGUCUAA